AUGAUGAACCAUCGUGACAUGGGCAUACGACAUCAAAUGUUUUUAAACCAACUAAUUUUUGGAAACCAGUUUCUAAUCACCAGGCACCAAUCAUUGUGCCAAAAAAAUCUUGCGAAACUUCUCAUUUCGAUUAUUCCGUUCGCCAAAGUCUCAAUUGAUUUUCAUAAAAUGAAGGCAUGGCUUCGACGACGAAAAAGUUAA